CGGAAGGAUCAUUAGCCGUUGACGGAGGUUGCGUUCAUAUUAUCAGUCACGAUCGUCUCAGUCACCUUCCGCUUCGUGUGUCGUGAAUCUUCGGUUUCAUCCGAAUCGGCCAGCACUCUGCACGUGACUAUCAGUUUGAUCAAAACAGUAUAAGAAGAGUGUUACUAAAAAUUAUGUCGCAAUUUUCCCGCAAAGAAUUGUGUGCUAUUGCACUAUUGCUAGACGAAGAAGAAGAGGAACAGAAGUCGAUGAAGAGAUUUGGUGUGCACCCAAUAUUUAAAAAGAGGAAAAUUGAAGGAGAAUUUUGGACAUUAUACAAGGAAUUGGUCGAUGACGAUGCCAAAUAUCACGGCUAUUUCAGGAUGAAUAGGAGUCAGUUCGAAUAUAUCUUGAAUAAAAUUUCGACAUUGAUAAGGAAAAAAAAUACUACAUUCAAGGAAGCUGUCUCACCGAAGGAAAAAUUAGCUGUUUGUUUGAGGUUUUUGGCUACUGGGGAUUCCUUCAAAACAAUUUCUUAUAGUUAUCGGCUCGGACAUUCUACAGUACAGUCAAUUGUGAAGGAUGUUUCAAAUGCAAUCAUUACAACUAUGAAAUCUGAACAUCUCCCUCUUCCUACAGUUGAAAGAUGGAAUGAAAUAGCUCAAGACUUUUGGGAAAUAUGGAAUUUCCCUAAUUGCAUUGGAGCAAUCGAUGGCAAACAUGUGCAAAUAAUUGCUCCAGCAAAUAGUGGCUCAUUAUACUUCAACUAUAAGAAAACAUUUUCAGUAAAUUUAAUGGCUUUAGUGGAUGCUAAAUACCAGUUCAUUGCUGUAGACAUAGGUAGUUAUGGCAAAAAUAGCGACGGGGGAAUAUUUCAUAAUUCGAAUCUGAAGAAAUUUCUGGAAAAUAAAGCUCUUCCUAAUAUUGAGGAUAAACCUUUGCCAGGUAUGACAGAAAAAAUGCCGCAUGUUAUCGUCGGUGAUGAGGCGUUUCCCCUAAAGCCUUAUUUGUUGAGACCAUAUCCAGGAGCUCAAUGUAAUGAGAUAGAAAAACAACAAUUUAACUACAGGCUCUCAAGAGCUAGAAGAGUAGUAGAAAAUGCAUUCGGACUUCUUUCUCAAAGAUUUCGCCUAUAUAAUAGAAGAAUUCAGUUGCAACCUGAUUUCGUUGACAAAAUCAUUAUGACUACGUGCAUUUUGCACAAUUUCAUCGGACCUCAUUCAGGACUGCCCUCAGAAGAUAAAAAUGAAAUAAAACUCACAAGUAUUUCUAGACAAGGAGGAAAUAAUUCAUUACAAGCAUUCAAUGUACGUAAUACCUUCAAAGAAUUUUUCCAAUCAGGCCCUGGUAGACUUGAAUGGCAAUAGCUUUUUUGUGUAAUUGAUGUUCGUAUACUUACUUGAAUACAAAAAUAAAUAAAUUACAACUUACCAUUUUCGUUCAAUUUUACUGCAAUGUUCCUCCAAAUUUUCUCCUUUUCAUUUGCGUCACUGUACUGUCUAUUAUUGAAAUUGUACAAAAUAUCGUGUUCACGCACCAAACUGAUCAGUUUUUCCAAAUCCAUU